ACUGCAUAGCAACAGUUAGUUGACUGUCUGAAUGUGUGUGUGUGUGUGUGUGUGUGUGUUUUCUAGUGUGGAUCAUGGAGGAGAAUCCAGGAUUACAGCAGGACUGAAGAAAUAUGGCUGUUUUCUCACACUGGAUCCAAACACAGCAUACACUCGACUCUGUCUGUCUGAGGAGAACAGAAAGAUGACAGGUGUGAGACAGAAACAGUCGUAUCCUGAUCAUCCAGACAGAUUUGAUGAGGAGUAUCAGGUGUUGUGUAGAGAGAGUGUAUGUGGACGCUGUUACUGGGAGAUUGAGUGGAGUGGAGAUGAUGUGUUUAUAUCAGUGUCAUAUAAGAGCAUCAGCAGGAAGGGACGGGGUAAAGAGUGUUGGUUUGGAUCUAAUGAUCAGUCCUGGAGUUUGAUCUGCACUCCUGACAGAUACUUAUUCAAACACAGUAACAUACUGACUGGUCUCCCUGUGAAGCCCAUCAGCAGUCGUAGAGUAGGAGUGUCUGAUAUCUAUAGAGUAGGAGUGUCUGAUUAUAUCUAUAGAGUAGGAGUGUAUGUGGAUGUGAGUGCAGGAUCUCUCUCCUUCUACAGCGUCUCCAGAAACACAAUGAGUCUCAUCCACACAGAACAGACCACAUUCACUCAGACGCUCUAUCCUGGGUUUAAUGUUUAUCCUGGAUCAUCAGUGAAACUGUGUUGAUGAAUGAGAAUAGACUGAUGAGAGACUGUACCCAUAAUGCUUUGCGCUGCUGAUGAAUCAGUAAGAGUGAGAUGUUCUGGAGUCUCUUCAUGACAUUAAUACUGCAGCUCAACUUCUGUCACUCAUACAACAGUCAGAAUAAAUGUGUGUCAGAAAUCCUCAUAUAGACAGUAAGAUCAGUGCGUGUGAGUCUAGAUUUGUGUUUUUAUUGUCGUGUCUCAUCACUCAUUUGUUUUAUUAGUGUUAAAAAUGUCAAAAUGUCACAAUCUUGAUGAAGAUCAUGUCAUUCAUUUCUCUUGUUUUUGUGCAGAAAUAAUAAAACAAUAAUAAAUCAAGUUGAGAUCA